ACCCAGGGAAUCAUCGAUAUGCUGGGAAGAAUGAUUCCACAGUCAUGCCGUUACAAAGGUGUGAAAUAUGAAUGCGGCUUGAGCAUAAGCUGCGUUUUAGGUGGAGGAAGACCACUAGACUUAUGUUCUGGAGGGAUGAUCUGGGCCUGUUGCGUCGACAGGGAUACGCAUUCAUCCUCCUCCUCUCAUCACACUCCAGACCAAGGAGUACUAAAUAACGCCAGUUGCGGGGAGCUUUACACGCGAAGCAACAGGAUUGUGGGUGGCCACUCUACAGGAUUUGGGUCUCACCCUUGGCAGGCAGCUUUAAUCAAGACGGGCUUCCUCAGCAAGAAACUCGCUUGCGGCGGAGCCCUGCUCAAUGAAAGAUGGAUAGUCACUGCCGCUCAUUGUGUUGCCACAACUGCAAAUGGAAAUAUAAGGGUGCGUCUUGGUGAGUGGGAUGUUCGGGACACUGAGGAAAGACUGUCUCAUGAGGAAUAUUCCGUGGAGAGGAAGGAAGUCCAUCCAUCCUACUCUUCAGCGGAUUUCAAGAACGACGUCGCUUUGGUUAAGCUCGACAGGAACGUUAGAUUCAAGCAACACAUCAUCCCCGUUUGCUUACCAUCCCCACAGCUGAAAUUGUCUGGUAAAAUGGCGACAGUCGCUGGAUGGGGAAGAACAAGACACGGCCAAGCAACAGUUCCUUCUGUUUUACAAGAAGUAGACGUCGAGGUUAUACCAAAUGAGAGAUGCCAAAGGUGGUUCAGAGCAGCAGGACGUCGUGAAACGAUCCACGAUGUUUUCAUUUGCGCAGGAUACAAAGAGGGUGGACGUGAUUCGUGUCAGGGCGACUCCGGAGGUCCUUUGACGAUGAACGUCGACGGGAGGAGGACUCUCAUAGGACUCGUUUCGUGGGGCAUAGGAUGCGGAAGGGAGCAUCUCCCUGGAGUCUAUACCAACAUCCAGAAGUUCGUUCCAUGGAUAGAUGCAAUCAUGGAUCGCUAA